AUGUCGCUGCUGCGACCCUUCCGAGCGACUGACCUGUUCAAGUUCAACAACGUCAACCUCGACCACUGGACCGAGACCUACUCGCUAUCUUUCUACCUCUCGUACCUAGCGCAAUGGCCCGACCUCUCUUUCAUCCAAACAGCGCCCUCUUCAACUCGAACGAUGGGCUACGUCAUCGGCAAAGCUGAGGGAACCGAUCCUGUUGCGACAAGAAGAGGAGAGCUGCCAACGCUGCACGGUCACGUAACAGCCAUCACCGUCGCGCCCGAAUAUCGCCGCCUCGGCCUGGCAAACGGCCUGAUGCAGCUCCUCGAAGACGUCUCGCAUCGCGUAUACAACGCAUAUUUCGUCGACCUCUUCGUACGGCCCAGCAACACUACCGCAGUGACGAUGUACGAGAAGAUGGGCUACGACGUAUACAGGAAGGUGCAGGAGUACUACUAUGGUGGCGGUGGGAAGGGCAAAGAUGAGGACGGAUACGAUAUGCGCAAGGCGUUGCCGAGAGACAAGGAGGGGAAGACGGUGCGAAAGAACGGAAGGAACUUCAUGGUCGAUCCUCAAGACACAAUCUUCGAACCAGCCUAUCGCCCAUAG